AUCAGCUCAGCGGCACAGAGGAGAGCAGAGGAGGUAAGCGGGGUGAGGAGGAAGGACCAGUCAUCGUCUUCAAUGGCGGUCAGCAGCGGUAGCAGUAGCUGCAGCGGGGUGUAUUCGAACGGGAAGGCCGAGAAGAGUGAACCGGAGAGUGUCCGAUGGAGGGCUGAAGAAGCCAUCGGCGGCAACCGGGAGGCACUCGAAGCUCUCAGGGAGCUCAUCAGCUUCCCUGUUCUCUACUCGCGUGAAGCUCGGAAGCUCGGACUCAAGUGGCCGGGAGGUUUGCUUCUGUACGGACCGCCGGGGACUGGAAAGACAAGCUUGGUGCGGGCAGUUGUCCGAGAAUGUAAUGCGCAACUGACCAUUAUCAGUCCACAUUCUGUUCACAAAGCACAUGCUGGAGAGAGUGAGAAGAUACUGCGAGAGGCUUUCUCAGAGGCGUCUGCCCAAGCAAAGUCGGGCAAGCCGUCGGUUAUCUUCAUAGAUGAAAUAGAUGUGCUUUGUCCUCGUCGUGACUCUAGAAGAGAACAAGAUGUUCGCUUGGCAGCUCAGCUUUUUACACUUAUGGACUCAAGUAGGUCAUCAUCAAUACCUGGAGCACAGGUUAUAGUGGUUGCCUCAACUAACAGAGUGGAUGCAGUUGACCCUGCUCUAAGAAGGUCAGGACGCUUUGAUGCUGAAAUAGAAGUUACCACACCCUCUGAAGGAGAGCGCUUUCAAAUUCUCCAGCUUUACACGAAGAAACUUCCUUUGGAUUCUUCUGUCAAGUUGAAAUCCUUAGCCGCAUCGUGCAACGGCUACGUUGGAGCUGAUUUGGAAGCUCUAUGUCGUGAAGCCACGAGGUCGGCUCUUAAAAGAUCUUCAAAUGAUGAUUCGAAUGAAAGUGAGCUUCUUCUAACAUUCGAAGAUUGGGAGUGUGCUCGAUCUGUUGUGGGCCCAAGCAUUACAAGGGGCGUCACUGUUGAGGUCCCAAAAGUUUCAUGGGAAGAUAUAGGAGGACUGAAAGAUUUGAAGAAAAAGCUUCAGCAAGCUGUCGAGUGGCCUAUUAAACAUCCUGCUGCAUUUUCAAGACUGGGAAUAUCACCAAUUCGUGGGGUACUUUUACAUGGACCUCCUGGAUGCUCAAAAACUACUCUGGCUAAAGCCGUGGCCCAUGCUGCCCAAGCUUCCUUUUUCUCGUUGAGUGGUGCAGAAUUGUAUUCAAUGUAUGUUGGAGAGGGAGAAGCACUGUUGCGCAAUACAUUCCGUAGAGCUCGGCUUGCAGCACCAAGCAUAAUAUUCUUUGAUGAGGCUGACGUUGUUGCUGGAAAGCGUGGUGGGAAAUCAAGUAGCAACAUUUCAGUAGGAGAGAGGCUACUGUCUACUUUGCUAACCGAAAUGGAUGGUUUAGAGCAGGCAAAGGGAAUCCUUGUGUUGGCCGCCACAAAUCGUCCUCAGGCUAUUGAUGCUGCUCUUCUGCGCCCUGGACGGUUCGAUUUGUUGCUCUAUGUUCCUCCACCCGACAUAGAAUCCCGCUAUGAGAUCCUCCGUGUUCACACCAGGAACAUGGAAAUAGCGAGCGAUGUCGACCUCAGAAAAUUAGCCGAAGAGACUGAACUAUUCACAGGGGCUGAGUUGGAGGGCCUAUGCCGAGAAGCUGGAAUCGUCGCCCUGAGAGAAGAUAUACACGCAUCAUCUGUUCGCAAUCGCCACUUUCAGGCAGUGAGGCAGUCGCUGAAGCCCGCACUGACAAAAGCAGAAAUCGACUCCUAUGCUUUGUUUCUGAAGGCAAGCCCCUUAUCUAAGAACUCUAUGAGCCCAAUGAGGGAAUGUAAAGCGGACAGUGGCAGUGAUGAUCGGAAGAGAAGGAAUUACAUGGUCCCGCUUUCUCCGGUGAAAGUAGUUGCAGCGGGUCUUCUUUUAGUCACGGUUGCUGCAAAAUACAUUCUCGGGAAUGCAGAUCAAAAAACCCCCGGAAUGGCCACUACAUGAAGAAUCGCCGAGAACUGUUCAAGACUGAAACUGUUCCAUCGUCCGGAGAGUUGUUCCUGGCUUUUCAUAGGGAAUAGUUUGUUCAUCUGCAGUGAAAAAAUUUUGGUAGUUAACGUGCAACUUGAUAUAUAUAAAAAGGGAAAAUGACAUUAUCGGUCCUAUAUGUUUGCCGAUUUUUGACAUUGAGUCCUAAAUGUUUCAGUUUGAAAAAACAAGUCCUAUAAGUUUGGAAAAA